AUGAAAUGAGCAGAGGAGAUGGUAGAGGAUCAAACACGAGCAGCGCGGGCACCGGGGCUACGACGUCGGUGGGGGUAUUUGGGACGAGGGGAGGCAGUCGGAAGGACCAGUCCUCCAGCAUGCGUAUCAAAGCAUUCCCAAUGAACAUGGACGACCAGCUGGUAGACAACAUCUGGAAGCUACUCCGCGACUCCAUCAUCGAAAUCCAGAAGAAAAACAACUCCGGAUUGAGUUUUGAGGAGCUAUACAGGAAUGCGUACACUAUGGUGCUACACAAGCAUGGAGUGAAGUUGUACAAUGGACUGCAGGAGACUGUUAUCCAGCAUCUAAGAGACAACGUGCUGCCAGAGGUGAAGACUGCAAUCAAUCACAAUUUCCUGUCAGUGUUAAACGUAGCCUGGCAGGACCAUACAACUGCCAUGGUCAUGAUCAGAGACAUACUCAUGUACAUGGACAGGGCAUACGUGCAACAGAACAAGCUGGAGAAUGUGUACAAUCUGGGACUGAUUCUGUUCAGAGAGCAGAUUUUAAAGGAGGAAGCGGUCAAGAAACAUCUAAGGGAGACGCUGAUGCUAAGCAUAGAGCGAGAAAGGAGGGGCGAAAUGAUAGAUAGAGCGGCCAUUAAGAACGCCUGCACUAUUCUGAUGAAUGUCGGCAUCUACGACACUAAAUUCUACGAAGACUACUUCGAGAUUCAUUUCCUCAAACAGUCCAAACAGUUUUAUCAGCUGGAAUCGCAGGAGCUGCUGGCGAAGAACAGUGCCUCGGAGUACAUCCACAGAGUGCAGCAGAGGAUGCAGGAGGAGAUGGAGAGGGCCCAGCAGUGCUUCGCCGGCAGGACAGAGUCCGAGAUCCAACGAGUCAUGCGGGACGAACUCAUCAAACAACACAUGAACCCCAUCGUAGAGAUGCCUGGAUCUGGUGUCGUGUUUAUGCUGAAGAAUCAGAAAAUAGCAGAUCUGAGGUGCCUGUACCAGCUGCUGAAACAGGUGGACAAUGGACUGAAGACUAUAUGCACAUGUAUCAGCAACCACCUUAGGGAGGAGGGAAAGACACUAGUGGCAGAGGAAAACAGAAAUGACAUCGCCGUAGAUCCAGUUCAGUACGUUACUAAUCUUUUGGAGCUGAAGGACAAGUACAAUGAGCUGAUGGAGCAGGCAUUUGACAAUGACAAACAGUUGAAGCAGACGGUGAACGGCGACUUCGAGCACUUCGUCAACCUCAACUCCCGCUCCCCAGAGUACCUGUCCCUCUACGUAGACGACAAGUUCAAAAAAGUCUGGAAGGGCGGUGGACUCAGAGCAGCCACAGAAGAGACAGUGGAACAGCUGUUGGACAAAGUGAUGGUCAUCUUCCGUUUCCUGAAUGAGAAGGACAUCUUUGAGAGAUACUACAAGCAGCACCUGUCCAAGAGACUCCUCAGUGGCAAGUCCGCUGUGGAGGACCACGAGAGAACUAUGAUAUCAAAACUGAAGACGGAGUGUGGUUCCCAGUUUACCGGCAAACUGGAGGGCAUGUUCAAAGAUAUCUCAGUAUCAACAACACUCAACGAGUCUUUCAAGAGGUCCACAUACGUGGCCAACAUGAUGUUUGACUUUCAUGUCAAGGUGCUAACAAGUGGCAACUGGCCCUCGUCAGUUCAGAGCAGUGACUGCAUGAUGCCUCCCAAUCUGGAACAGGCGUUCGAGUGCUUCAGGAACUUCUACUUGAGUAGACACAGUGGUCGCAAACUCAUCAUUCAACCCAAUAAGGGCAGUGCCGAUAUCAAGGCCACAUUUUACCCAACAGAUAAAGACAUGACACGAGAAAACAUCCUGAUAGUGACAACAUACCAGAUGGUGAUUCUGUUGCUGUUCAACCGCAAAGACAGAAUCACAUUUGCAGAUGUGCUCCACGACACAGGCAUACCUGAACGAGAGGCUGCCAGGGCCCUCCAGGCGAUAGCAGUGGGCAAACCCCAGAACAGAAUUCUAGUGAAGACCCCAAAAACUAAAGAAAUUGAGCCCACUGACUCAUUCUGUGUGAAUGACGACUUCUACUCGAAGUUGUUCAAGAUCAGAGUGACGAAUAUCCAGGCGAAGGAGAGCGAGCCAGAGACUAAGGAGACGAGGGAGAAGGUGGAGGAUGACAGGAAACACGAGAUAGAGGCGGCAAUUGUGAGAAUCAUGAAGUCGCGCAGACAGCUAGUCCACAACCAACUCGUGUCGGAGGUUACGGAGCAGCUGAAGUCGAGGUUCAAGCCAAUUCCUCAAGUCAUCAAAAAGCGCAUUGAGAAUCUAAUUGAAAGAGAUUACCUCGCCAGAGAUCGGGACGAUUCCACACUUUUACACUACGUGGCUUGAUUCCCAACCUCAAAUCUCAACCAAGUUUAGUUUUGAUACGAAGAUGCAAUGCAAUUUGAACUUUGACCUGACCUGAGACUUGUUUACCAAUCGAUUUCACUUUGCAAUAUAAAUAUUCCGUGUCGCCCGCCUAAACCUACAAAGUUAACAACAUCACACGACUCGACACGUGUCUUUUGCUGCACAUAAAAAGCAGUAUAUUUCCCCCCUAAAUGCUCAGAAGUUGUUUGGAAAAUUACUGAAGGUUUACAAAUGCAACUAAGUCGGACUAAUCGAGACGUAUGUUCAUUUACACAGUCCUGAUCUGAAUUGAGCUGAAAAGUCCUGCAGUCUACCAAUUUCCCUCACUCCGCGUCAGCCUCUUACCAAUUUAAUAUUGGAAACCCAUGCUUGUUUUUGAAAAAUAUAUAUUUCGACUAUGGACUGGAUCGGAAGGCAAAUAAAGACAUAACUGGUGAAGCGUUCAAAGACUUGUUGUGAAUAAAUGACCACAGUUUAAUUAAAUAGCGUGCAGCUAUGAAUUUAUUUUGUUUAUUAGUAAUGGUUCGAUGUGUACAUUACCUUGCAUAAAUGAUAUAUAUGUAUGAGGAAGAGCAUUGAAUUACCUAUCUACCUUAGUGGCGCUAAUUGCUUUGAUUUGAAUCGAUUCUUUAUUCAGUAUGUUGUUCCUAUCCCACAGUUCAGUUUUGUUAUAAAUGUAACUAUUAGUUAAUAGAUCAAUUUGUCAA